AUUCCAUAAGUGGCAGGUGGCAGGCCAGAGUCUGAUUAGUCAGCGAGAUGCUGUUUAAGCUAAAGUUAACAAAGGGCACGCGUUAAUGAUAAUCAGCACCAUAUAAUCAUGCAGCGCGUAUUCCAUGCUUUCUCCCCAGUACUUAAACAUUCCCCACCCUACACAGAUUAGCACUGAACUCCCCCUUGUCUUCUUGACAAGUUCGCUAUCCUUGUUCGGCAUUACGCCCUGCCCUGAGUCCUAUCCCGAGGAGGCCCUGUCCCCCGGCGGUCUACGGCCCUGCGACACCCUUGUCCAUGACGUCCCAAAAGCCACUUCACUUACUUAAUGAAGAGACCCAAAUAUGAAGAUGCCCGAGGCUCCGAAUCCCUAGCAGAAGCUCAGGACAUGAAGCCUGCCAGGCCGAGGGCCAGGAAAGGAGGGCUUUCCCUUUUACCUACCAUUAGCUUAGAUGUUCUUUUCGAAAUUUUCGGGUUCCUGAAACCGCUUGACCUCCUCAGUCUAGCUCGUACCUCCAAACCAUUUCGGAAUUUACUCAUGCGAAAAUCGAACGCCUUCAUUUGGAGAGCCUCGCGGUCUCUUGUCCCGAACCUGCCCGACUGUCCUGCAGAUUUAAGUGAGCCACAGUAUGCUUGCCUUGCAUUUGAUCCACACUGUCACAAUUGUCGCGGAAUUGGUUUCAACGUCAUCUGGCAAUUUCGAGUAAAAUAUUGUGGGCCGUGUCUGAGAAUUCACACAAAUAUGGAAGCAGCAUAUUCGAAACCUCUCCUCACUCGACUCUGUCCAAACAUUGAACUUCUCCCAACAUAUACAUUCCGGGACUUGCGCUUACGGUUCACGGAUAUGAUCCAAACCUCGCAGUACGAGGCUCUCAGACUUCGGCUCAACGGCUCAAACUGCGAUGAGCAAGCACUUGUCGUCGAAGAAACAAAGAAGGCCGUGCGUGCUAUUCGCGAGCACGCUGAUGCAUGCAAAGCAUGGCUCUCUGAAGUCAACAGGGCCCGAUCUGACGAGUUACACCAGAUACGAGAGGGGCGAAAACGAGUUAUCAGGGAGUGGUUGGAAACAGAAGGGUGGAAACCUGAGAUUGAUUAUCAUACUUGGUGGAAAAUAUCCAAACAUCGUGCCAUCAAAGAUUCACGACCUCUUACUGCUCGAAUUUGGAGCCGCGUCCGCCCAAUUCUGACGGCAUAUAUGUCGGAAAUGCGAACCAUCCACAUGGAAGAAACACUCUAUAAUUCUCGACGCAGGAUUCUUCUCCAGGCAUGGAUCGAUUUCUUGGGUGAACCUGCAUCAUUUCCGAACACUGAUGUUGACGUACUACCUCAUGUCGCUGAUGUUGCACGGUUCAAACCUUUCGAUGACAUCAUCAAAUUACCUGCCCACGUCGUAGUAGAGCGUGAUACCUUUUUACCGGCUUUUGUUGCUCUUCCUAACCUUGUGAGGAACUGGCGGAGACAGGUCGAUCAACAGCUCGCUGCCAUCAUCACGAAUGGAUAUCCAAAGGAUUACGCGCCAGCUGGAGACAUCCGCCAACUUGCAACCAGCGUCUUUGUCUGCAACGCAUGCGAACAGCUCUUCUUCUGGAUCGAUGCUGUUGCGCACAACUGCAGUCUUGAUUUUCCAAGGGGUUCAAGCAAAGAAAGGAAUGAUUCUUUUAAGGAACAAGUGGCCCGCAUCGCGUAUUAUUCGCUCGGUUCUUCUCCAUGGUCUCCGAAAUUCAGGUCCUCCACGGUACUCGCCAUUCAUGUCAUUCGCAGUUGCUGUCAGGAUCCUCGGACCGCUACGCUUGCACAUAUGGACAACACAAGUGCCCCGUUUUACUGCUUCGCAUGCCAUCCCGAUGGCAAGACUGUCAUGCAUUGGAGGAAGGGUCUGGAACACAACCAUUUACACAACAAUCGAGAUAAAGCUUCUGAAGUUGGCAAGACACGACUGCAAUCGCAGCUCCUAUCUGGGAGACCGCCAAGAACAUAUAGGUGCCUUCUAUGUCGACGAAGUGUAGGCGCUGGCAGGCUUCUGCGAAGCAUGACUUGCCACAUCGAGGAACAGCAUGGCAUAGGCAUUUUAAGUGUCCAAGAAGGAGUUCAUUAUGUGAAGGAGAUAGAUUCUAUCCCAGAUCCUGUUACACUGUCAUGGGACAGCGGACCUGUUGUGACGACCUGGUCUGAGCAAGAUCCUUACUUGUGAUGUGUGCUAUGUACUAUUCCGGGUUACAGCAGAUGCCCACAUCAUAUGUCCAAAUUACCGAAAUACAUACUAUGUAACAGUGACAAUCUGACCCCUCCCAUCUUUGAGUAUGACCAACUCACACUCGAUUUUGUCCCCAGUAUCAAGACAGAUGACCUCGGUAGGAUCUAUGGAUGAAGUCUUUAUUUGGCGUUUCU